GCUUACUAUUGAGGGAAAGCCCAUUGAUGAAGCCUUUAAAGUUACAUAAUAGGUGAUCCCGUACGAAAUGCUGAAUUACAUAAACAAUAACAAGCCUUCCUGCGUUCGGCUGAAGAGUGUGGCUUUGGAUAGCGGGAAAACUUGAUGCCAGAGGGGCGUCGCGGGAUACGGAGGCGGCCUGGCAACAGCUGACCAAGAGCCGCUGAGCGGAGUCUCAGGACGAGGAGAGUACAAAAGUGAGAGGAAGAGGCGGCCAGCCCAGCCCUGCUCCUCUGUCACUCGCGUGUCCCCGUCUAGACACAGUAAGAACCCCAAGGACACGCGGGUGGGUGAAGGACAUGCUGAUGACGGUCCAAACCAAAGAAUAUCCAGUCCCGGUGAUCAGCACUCAGAAUGCAGAGUGACACUCUAAGGUGUGCCAGGAUAAGUAGGAGGCUGCUGAUGAGCAGCUGUGCCUGGCUGCGCUACCAGCACCCUCAGGCUGCCUUCUGCACUGCCAGUGCACUGAACCAGAGUCAUUAUGACGUGCUGGGCAUCAAGAAUGACUGUACACUGGCAGAGGUGAAGGACCAGUAUAUUCGUCUCUCCAAAGAGUUUCAUCCAGACACAAACCCAGAGUCAAAGGACAACAAACGCAUCCUUGCAAUAAAUGAAGCUUACUCCGUCCUGAGCAAGCCAGGGCUGCGGAAAGCCUAUGACACCGAGCUGCUGCAGAAGAGUAAGGUGACCAUGCACACCUACGGGGACAUCAGGACCAAUGCCCCCAUGGAACAAGUAAUAUUUAAAGACGACUCUUUGUGGGAACACCGAGACAAGACCGAGUUUUACAAGAACAGGGACAGACCAUACUAUGGGGUGAAGGGUGUCAAGAAGUUGCCCAACUCCUACAUUGCGGCGGGGGCGGUGGUGUUCAUGAUAGUAGGGGCCGUGUUCCACUUCUUCCUGGCCAAGACCUCUUCUGACUUCACCAUCAAGCAGCUGAACCUUCGGGACCAGAUCGCCAGCACCCACCACACAGAGGUUAGGAAUCUUGCCAAGGCCAACGGCAACGCGGUGCAAAUGGAGCUGCUGAGGCGAAGGAACGAGGAAGAAAUCCGCAACAGAUAAGGAAUCGUCAGUUAGUCACUCAUACUGAGAAGUGUUUGUUUGUCUAUUUGGCGGUGGUGUGUGGUGGUGCCAGAACCAAUGUCAAAACUACCAGUCUUGUCGUGGGUUCAGGAGUGUGUGGAGGGGCAGUGUGUUUGUCUACUUAUUGACUGUUUAGUAGCUGGAAAACUUUCAUUGCUACUACUACUACUACUACUAGGCUCACUUACACACUAAAUAUAUACAAACUGAACACACGACUCACACAAUAAUAUACAUUCAUACACAUUUAUUACUACAACUACUACUAGUCUCACUAAUACAUCAAAUACUCAUAUAAUUCUUUACUCACAAUACCCUUGCACAAUAACAAACCACACACACACAUAAUUAAAUACACACACACAUUCAUUCAGACACAUAUGCUCACAUAAACCUCACCAACAUGCAUCAGAGUAACAUGUAGGUGCUGGUGGUGAGGUUAUGCUUUCUGGUGACUCAGCCAACAACUAAAAUGGCUCACUGACCUCCACUUGACUCCUGUGGCUCACUCAUCAUUACUUUGUGGAUGGUUCAGUUUUUAUCUGAGGCCAUAGUGUGGAUGUGUUGUGUUGGUAUCCAAUGCUGUUCAUCCCGGGAGCUGAUCACCACAAACUUGACCUUAUUUGUGAUGGUACUAUGUUUGUCUUGCAUCCUUAGUGGGGUUGCUGAGUGCUGGAAAUAUUACCAGAAGAGAUAAUAGCACAGUACUUACUAAUGGAAGCUGGAAGUACUGCCGCAAAAAAUUAUAACCCAUUAGUAUGAAACCUGUAAUAAUGUGUGUUGAAAAUAUUACUGGAAGAGAUACAAGUACAAUACCUACUAUUGGAAGCUAGAAAUACUGCCACAAGCUAUUAUAACUCAUUAGUAUGAAACUUGUAAUAAUGUGUGUUGAAAAUAUUACUGGAAGAGAUAAAAACACAGUACCUUCACAAUCAGAAGCUGGAAGUACUGCUGCAAAAUAUCAGCCCAAUAGUCCAACUCUUUUAGUGAUAGGUGUCAAAAAUAUUACUGCAAGAGAUAAUAAC